AUGUUCAACCGUACGGUCGCUCGCUCGGCCAUAAAGGCCUUCAACACAACAGCGCGCCCAGCAACACGCGCAACAUUCACCCGCCCACUCUCCUACACCUCAACCCGCGCCAACAAGAAAAACGAUCCCAAGAGCGACCCUUUACUCGCCGCCACCAAUCAAGCCCCAGAUGGCGCAUCCGGCGAACAUGAGGGCCAAUUCGCCCGUACCGAUGAGAGCGUGCAGAUCGAGUACCCGCCCGACAGCGAGAUGCCCGCCCAGCCCGUUGUGCAGGGCCGCGGCGGCAUGCAUUUCAAGCGCACUCUGGCCCAAUUCUCCCUUGAAAGUAAGGUCAGCAUAGUGACUGGUGGUGCGCGUGGUUUGGGUCUAGUUAUGGGACAGGGCUUGGUGGCCUCAGGCUCGGAUUUGGCUAUUGUCGAUCUGAAUAAGGCUGAGGCUGAGGAGCAGGCUGAGAAGCUUGUCGAGCAAUUCCGCAAAGAAAACCCAGGUCUAGAGCAGAUGCCCACGGUCACAGCACACUACGCCGAUGUCGCAGAUCCAGGCUCCGUGAACGAAGCCCUCGCCGAAGUCCUAGCCAAACACAAGCACAUCGACAAUCUCGUCACAUCUGCCGGGUUUACUGAAAAUUUCGACGCGAUCAGCUACCCAUUCGACCGCAUGAAGAAGCUCUGGGGCGUCAAUGUGGACGGCACGUACUUAUUCGCCACGGGCGUGGCCAAGCAUCUCAUGGAGCGCAAGGCUCCUGGCAGUAUUGUAAUGAUUGGAUCCAUGUCCGGUUCGAUCGUUAACGUGCCUCAACCUCAGGCGCCGUAUAACGCGGCCAAAGCUGCUGUGCGCCACCUGGCGGCAUCACUGGCUGUCGAAUGGGCCGGCCACGGCAUUCGGGUUAAUUGCAUCAGCCCGGGUUACAUGUUGACUGCACUUACCCGUAAGAUCCUCGACGAGAACCCCCAACUCCGCGAUAAGUGGACCUCCCUCAUUCCCGUUGGAAAAAUGGGGACCCCUGAGGAUCUGAUGGGCGCUGUAACCUUCCUUCUUAGCGAUGCCUCCAAGUACAUCACGGGCGCGGAUCUCCGUGUCGACGGUGGAUACACCCUGACUUAG